GGGUCGGGGAUCCGGGAGGGGCCUCCUCCGACCAUCCCCUGCUUCCUACAUUGAGGGGACACACUUGCCCCACUCCGUCCUGAGAGCCAGGAGAGGAGUUCCUGAAUCGGAAGGACCCAGGGAUCCUCCAUUGUGGGAAGCCCUAUGCCUGGAUGAGUUCGGGACGCCAGCCCUUCACUCCCCCUCCCCCUGUUGAUCCCUCACCCCAGACGCCUGGGGGAGGGGGCCCAGGAAGGGGAAGUGGCUGCUUCUGCUUCUGAUUUUUGUGAUGGGGGCAGGGUGCCACGACUGCUGAGGGAGAGGGCAACGCGGUAGGAUCCCCACAGGGCUCCUCUGUAGCCCUGGGGAGCCGGCAGUGCUGGUCUGGGCCCCCUAGGAGAGGGGGCAGUGGGGCAGCAGCAGAAAUGUGGCAGGGUCCGACUUGGUGUUUCCAUCCGUCUUUGUGUCUGUGUUGUGUAUGUGGAGUGUCAUUCUGUCUUUAUGUCCCUCAUGGCUUCAGUCUCUCCAUGUGUGUUUCUGUCCCAGGCUCUGCCUGGCUGUCCCUUGUGUAUUUCCAUCUGUCUAGCCUGUGGUUCCAUUGUCAGGCCGGCUCUCUUCUCGGGACAGCGUGGUUGCAUCUGGGGCAUCUGUUUUGUUGGUUUGCUUCUGGGUGCAGGCAGACCCAGGGUGUGGGUGUCUCUGUUCCCCGGGCAGCUGUCUCUGGUCUCUGGUGGUGUGUGAGUCCAUCUGCCUGCCUCGAGUUGGCCCCAACAAAGCCCCCCCAGCCCUCUCUUUCUCUCUCUCUUUCCCUUUCUCUUCCACCCCCUCCAAAUGAGACUGGUUGAGGUGCCGUGGGUGGAGGGAGGCAGUGGUUAGCCCAUGUGUUACACUCACCUCCCCCAGGACUUCCCCCAGCUCCUGAGGGCAGGAAGAGGUACAGUGACAUCUUCCGGAGCCUGGACAACCUCGAAAUCUCACUGGAGAACGACCCUUGAGAUGCUGGCUGGAGACCCUCUACUCUCAGAAGACCCAGAACCUGACAAGACCCCUACAGCCACUGUUACCAACGAAGCCAGCUGUUGGAGCGACCCCUCCCCAGAGGGUCCUGUACCCCUCACAGGGAAGGAACUGGACUUGCGGCUCAUUCGGACAAAGGGGGGUGUGGACGCAGCCCUGGAAUAUGCCAAGACCUGGAGCCGCUAUGCCAAGGAACUGCUUGCCUGGACUGAAAAGAGAGCCAGCUAUGAGCUGGAGUUUGCUAAGAGCACCAUGAAGAUCGCUGAAGCUGGCAAGGUGUCCAUUCAACAGCAGAGUCACAUGCCUCUGCAGUACAUCUACACCCUGUUUCUGGAGCACGAUCUCAGCCUGGGAGCCCUGGCCAUGGAGACAGUGGCCCAGCAGAAAAGAGACUACUACCAGCCCCUCGCCGCCAAACGGACUGAGAUUGAGAAGUGGCGGAAGGAGUUCAAGGAGCAGUGGAUGAAGGAGCAGAAGCGGAUGAAUGAGGCGGUGCAGGCACUGCGGCGCGCCCAGCUGCAGUAUGUGCAACGCAGCGAGGACCUGCGGGCACGCUCCCAGGGGUCCCCUGAGGACCCGGCCCCCCAGGCCUCGCUGGGACCUAGCAAGCAGCAGGAGCGGCGGCGGCGCUCGCGAGAGGAGGCCCACGCCAAGGCGCAGGAGGCCGAGGCGCUGUACCAGGCCUGUGUCCGCGAGGCCAACGCGCGGCAGCAGGACCUGGAGAUCGCAAAGAAGCGAAUCGUGUCGCACGUGCGCAAGCUGGUGUUUCAGGGGGAUGAAGUGCUGAGGCGGGUGACCCUAAGUCUCUUCGGGCUGCGGGGGGCGCAGGCGGAGCGUGGUCCCCGCGCCUUCGCCGCCUUGGCCGAGUGCUGUGCGCCCUUUGAGCCGGGCCAGCGCUACCAGGAGUUCGUACGGGCGCUGCGGCCCGAGGCCCCGCCGCCCGCCUUCUCCUUCCAGGAGUUCGUUCCCUCCGCAAACAGCUCCCCUCUGGACAUCAGAAAGAAGCUCUCUGGGCCUCUACCUCCAAGGCUGGAUGAGAAUUCAGCUGAGCCAGGCCCUUGGGAGGAUCCAGGCACAGGCUGGCGCUGGCAAGGGACUCCAGGCCCCACUCCAGGCAGUGAUGUGGACAGCGUGGGUGGCAGCAGCGAGUCUCGGUCCCUGGACUCUCCCACUUCCAGCCCAGCCCAGGAAUCUCCCAUGAUUCCUCUGACCCCAGGCGCUGGCACGAGGCGGCUGGUGAAGGCUUCGUCCACAGGCACUGAGUCCUCAGAUGACUUUGAGGAGCGAGACCCUGACCUGGGAGACGGGCUGGAGAAUGGGCUGGGCAGCCCCUUCAGGAAGUGGACGCUGUCCAGCGCGGCUCAGACCCACCGGCUGCGGCGACUGCGGGGCCCAGCCAAGUGCCGCGAGUGCGAAGCCUUCAUGGUCAGCGGGACGGAGUGUGAGGAGUGCUUUCUGACCUGCCACAAGCGCUGCCUGGAGACACUCCUGAUCCUCUGUGGACACAGGCGGCUCCCAGCCCGGACACCCCUCUUUGGGGUUGACUUCCUGCAGCUACCCAGGGACUUCCCGGAGGAGGUACCCUUUGUGGUCACGAAGUGCACGGCUGAGAUAGAACACCGUGCCCUAGAUGUGCAGGGCAUUUACCGGGUCAGCGGGUCCCGGGUCCGCGUAGAACGGCUGUGCCAGGCUUUUGAGAAUGGCCGAGCGUUGGUGGAGCUGUCGGGAAACUCGCCUCAUGAUGUCUCGAGUGUCCUCAAGCGAUUUCUUCAGGAGCUCACCGACCCCGUGAUCCCCUUCCACCUCUACGAUGCCUUCAUCUCUCUGGCUAAGACCUUGCAUGCAGACCCUGGGGACGACCCUGGGACCCCCAGCCCCAGCCCUGAGGUUAUCCGCUCGCUGAAGACCCUCUUGGUACAGCUGCCUGACUCUAACUACAACACCCUGCGGCACCUGGUGGCCCAUCUGUUCAGGGUGGCUGCACGGUUUAUGGAAAACAAGAUGUCUGCCAACAACCUGGGCAUUGUGUUUGGGCCGACACUGCUGCGGCCACUGGACGGCCCGCGGGGAGCCGGCGCCAUCCCUGUCACCUGCCUGCUGGACUCUGGGCAUCAGGCCCAGCUUGUGGAGUUCCUCAUCGUGCACUACGAGCAGAUCUUUGGGAUGGAUGAGCUCCCCCAGGCCACUGAGCCCCCACCCCAAGACUCCAGUCCAGCCCCUGGGCCCCUCACAACCAGCUCCCAACUGCCACCCCCGCACCUUGACCCGGAAUCCCAGCCCCCAGUCCUAGCCUCGGACCCCGGCCCAGACCCCCAGCACCACAGUACCCUGGAGCAGCAUCCCACGGCCAUGCCUACCGAGAUUCCAACUCCACAGAGUGACCAGAGAGAAGACGUGGCUGAAGACACCAAAGAUGGGGGAGGGGAAGUGUCCAGCCAAGGCCCAGAGGACUCACUCCUGGGGACACAGUCUCGUGGCCACUUCAGCCGCCAGCCAGUGAAGUAUCCCCGGGGCGGUGUGAGGCCUGUAACCCACCAGCUGUCCAGUCUGGCCCUGGUGGCUUCCAAGCUGUGCGAGGAGACCCCCAUCACAUCAGUGCCCAGAGGGAGUUUGCGGAGGCGGGGACCCAGCCCUGCAGCUGCCUCCCCUGAGGGCAGCCCCCUGCGCCGCACCCCGCUGCCCAAGCAUUUUGAGAUCACCCAGGAGACAGCCCGGCUACUCUCGAAACUGGACAGUGAGGCUGUGCCCAGGGCCACCUGCUGCCCGGACGUCCAGGCUGAGGAAGCCGAGGACCAUCUCUGACCACCCUGGCACCUUAAAUAAGGAAGAGGCCCAGAUUGUGAAGAUGGACCCUUAUCUUCCUACCUCCCACCACCUAGUGGCCAAACACACCGCCAGGAGUUCAGGGUUGGGAGAGGUCCAAGGUUCCUAUAAGGAAAAACUAUUUAACACAUGGCCUAGGGGAGGCCUAAAACGCUUUUGGGGAUAAUGUCCCAGAGUCCCCCCACUAGACACAGGUCACUGCCAAGCAUCAGGGCUGCUCGGGCUUAGAGGUCACUCAGGGUCAAUACUCAGGGUCAAUACAGGUUAUGAGAUCCUUGGGGUCCACUCUAGUCUCUGACCCCUGGGACGGGUGCUUUUGCUACUUUGGUUGUGGUCACUCCCCCACACCUGCCUGCCUCCUUCGCAGACUCGAAGUGACCUUCCUGGAGGAGGUGGGCAGCUCAGACUCCACAUCCUGGUGGUGCCUGAGGUCUGAUGGCCUCUAAUAAACUGUGUCCUGUA